AUGUGCCAGGACCAAUCAGCCGACGCCUUCAUCAAUAGCUUACGACGAUUCUUCGCCCGCAGAGGACAACCAGCCAAAAUUGUUUCUGAUAAUGGUACAAAUUUCACCGCAGCCGAAAAAGAACUCAACAGACACUUCGACGCCGAUGUUACACGAAAGUUCUUUGCCAACCAUCAGAUUGAAUGGACCUUCAACCCUGCCUAUGCUCCUCAUUUCGGAGGUGUAUGGGAACGACUCAUAAGAUCAGUCAAACACUCGUUCUAUGUCAUCAUAGGAAGCCAGAUUCUAACAGACGACAUAUUCAACACCGUUCUUUGCGAAGUUGAACACUUCAUGAACGCAAGACCCAUCACUACAGUUUCAGCAUCGCCCGAUGAUGUUGAAGCCCACACCCCAAAUCAUUUUCUUCUCGGGAGUCGCAUGCCAGCAUGCCACCUCUACAAACCCAACAGCCCUCAACACUCAGUCGACAAUGGAAACUCGCCCAACAACUCGCAACCCAUAUUUGGAAACGCUUGA